CGAGGCGGCAUGCUUACCUUUCCUUCUCGUUUCAGUUUCAGUUUCGUGAAAUAUUGCCAUGUUUCUUGGAAACUGUCUUGAGUCUUGAUAUUUAUUUCAUGAGGGUGGUCGUGUGGUAGUGUGGUGUUGGAGUCAGUGAGUCAGUGAGACGACAACACUUUUUUUUAAGAUCCUGUAAGCGUUUGAAACACAUGAGAUCAAACAUGGAUAACAUUAAAAUGAUUAAUGAAAGUGUGCUCAUUGGGUUUUAUGAAGCCGAACCAUGUUUGUGGAAUCCAUUAGACCCUGGAUACACGGACAACGAUCUGAGGCGGAAUGCGCUUCAAAAAAUCCUGAUACUAGGUAAAAUUCAGGAUAAUGGAGACAAUAAUGUUACAGCCUUGGAGAAAAGGUUUAAGCGAUAUGUGAACAAGUACGUAAAAGAGCUCUAUAAAGUGAACGAGGAUCCUUUGAAAGCAUACAAGCCUAGAUGGGAACACUAUGAUCGUUUGGAUAAGUUUUUAAAUCCUCUUUUCCAACAGAAGAUCUCUACAUGUCCAGCCAAAACCAAUGCAGCUGCAAAACGCCCCCCACCUAGCCAAGGUGCGGGUCCUUCUUCAGCAAACGGAAACACGCCAUCGAAAAAGAAGACACUGAAUCCCAGUAUGUCAGCAGCCCCAGAGACUGCACCUCAUGCACGCUUUGGAAAACAUGUCGCCACUGUUCUUGACUCCUUUGAUCGCGAUGACGCCGCCGCAGCUGUAAUAGAAAUCCAAGAGGUCCUUAUCAAAUAUGUCACGAAAGUAUAACCUCUCACAGUGGCAGACUACUGCUUCUAUCAGUUGGCAGUCACAACAUACUAUAGCUAUUUUUAUGCAUUGUACCCACUCAUGGAGAUUUACAACAGAGCUGUGAUCGUAUUCAUGAAAGUAGUAGAUUAUAAUAUGUGACUAAUACAGGGCAGUACAUUGGUCACAAAUUUUCGCCGUAUGGUUGAUCAGCUGCGUGCGCCCAGGUUUUUAUUAACUCUUUCAGUAUGCAAGGGAUUCCACUAUUAUACACACACAGGUUUUCAACUAGCACAA